ACCACAUUGAAAUGGGUCUGAUGUUGUUGCCAAACAGAACAGUGUGUGGAGCAUCCCGGCCCUGAGCAUCAACUGGACCAUCUAAUUACCGAACCAACGGGACCUGAAAUAGGAAUAAUAUUCCCAGCACUUACUUCAUUCAGUCAUUAGGGUCCCUGUAUUUGAGUGACAAGCAGUAGCAUCACUCACAGGCACGCAUCCACUGUCACAUUGGGCAGAAGAAUAGACGCGCAUAGUUCAACCAACCGCGCGUUUGGAGACAUGGGACGACUGCUUUACGCAUACGUCGUUUUCCUCAUCUUCACCAUUUAUCAAACAAGUGCUUUCAUUACCUGUGGGACGAGACAGUUCCAAUGUGGCAAUGGGAAAUGCAUUACGGCCAGAUGGGUUUGUGAUGGAACAGACGACUGUGGUGACGGCACAGACGAGCUCCCUGGCACCUGCUUGGCUAAAUCGUGUAGACCUACAGAGUUCACCUGCGCAGACCGACUGAACCAGUGUAUCCCAAAGAGCUGGCAAUGUGACGGAAAGGCGGACUGUGAGAACGGAGCAGAUGAGGAGAGUUGUGCUCCCAAACAGUGCACAGACUCAGAGUUCAGGUGCGGGACAGGCCAGUGUGUCUCCUCUUCGUUUGUGUGUGAUGAAGAGUCGGACUGUGAGGAUGGCAGUGAUGAGGCGUCAUGCCCCCCGAUCACCUGUAGCUCCGCUAGCUUCAGGUGUAACAGCUCGGCCUGUAUCCCCCGCUUAUGGGCCUGUGACGGGGAUUUGGAUUGCAGCGAUGGGUCUGACGAGUGGCCCUCUAAUUGCGGGUCCCGGACCACUGUGGCGGCCAAGAGCUGCUCCGCUCUAGAGUUCAAGUGUGGCAGUGGCGAGUGCAUCCACAGCAACUGGAAGUGUGAUGGAGGGGUGGACUGCAUGGACAGAUCCGAUGAAGCGAACUGUGCUCGCACGACUUGCCGUCCUGAUGAGUUUGAAUGUGGAGAUGGGACUUGUAUCCACGGGAGCCACCAGUGCAACCACCAGUACGACUGUCAGGACAUGAGCGAUGAGCUGGGCUGUGUCAAUGUGACACAGUGCGAGGGCCCUCAAAAGUUCAGAUGUCGUAGUGGGGAGUGCAUCCAAAUGGACAAAGUGUGUGACAGGAAGAGGGACUGCAGGGAUUGGUCCGAUGAGCCGCUCAGAGAAUGUGGCAAAAAUGAGUGUCUCUUCAGCAAUGGCGGCUGCUCACACAUCUGUAAUGACCUUAAGAUUGGAUAUGAGUGCCUUUGCCCAUCCGGGUUCUAUCUGGUUGAUAGAAAGAGAUGUGAAGACAUCGAUGAGUGUGCCAAUCCAGACACCUGCAGUCAGAUCUGCAUAAAUCAGAUUGGCAGUUACAAAUGCCAGUGUGAGGAGGGAUAUCAAGUCGACCCUGCCACCAAAGCCUGCAAAGCUAUUGGUACUAUAGCUUACCUGUUCUUUACCAACCGUCAUGAGGUCAGGAAAAUGACCCUGGACAAGAGUGAGUACACUAGAGUCAUCCCCCGACUGAAAAACGCAGUGGCUCUGGACAUGAAUAUGGCCACCAAGGACAUAUACUGGUCUGACAUCUCUCAAAAGAAGAUCUACAGAGCUCAGAUGGAUUUGGCUGAGAACCCCUCAAGUCAUAACAUACUCAUCAGUACUGACAUUGAGGCUCCCGAGGGAAUCGCCUUUGACUGGAUCCACAGGAACCUGUACUGGACUGACAGCAUCCGCAGCACUAUCUCUGUAGUAACCGCUGAUGGGACACGCCGAAAAACUCUCUUUUACCAAGGACUGUCCAAGCCCCGGGCCAUUGUGGUUGACCCUCACAGCAACUUCCUGUACUGGACAGACUGGGGUAACCCUGCUAAGAUUGAGAAGGGUGGACUGAAUGGAGUGGACCGCACUGCUCUGGUCACUGACAACAUCGAGUGGCCCAAUGGCAUCACUCUGGACCUGUUGAACCAGCGGCUGUACUGGGUGGACUCCAAGUUACACACUCUCUCCAGUAUCGAUGUGCAAGGCGGGGGGCGGCGCACCCUUAUUAUUGACGAAGAGCAGCUGGCUCACCCACUGGGACUGACUGUGUUUGAGGAGAGAGUAUUUUGGACUGACGUCAGUAACAAUGCCAUCCUAAGUGCAAACAGACUGACCGGAGAGGACAUACGACCAGUGGCCGAACACCUCUCAUCACCCGAGGACAUUAUUUUGUACCAUAACCUCAAGCAGCCUGCUGGCAGAGACUGGUGCCAAGUGUCCAACGGUGGCUGUGAGUUCAUGUGUCUGGCAGCCCCUCAGGUGGGGAGACACCCCCCACGAUACACCUGUGUGUGUCCUGACAACAUGACGCUCGCCCGAGACAUGAGGAGAUGUGUUCCUGUCGUCCCCACACCUGCCCGUCCUGUCACCACCAGGCCCGAGAUUGUGCAGCCCCCCACCACACCCACAACCACAGCUAAGCCCCUGAUCCCCACCACCACCCAGGCCCCUGUAGUGGUCCAUAAACCAGUGACCACACCUCCCCCCACACCUGUGACCCACCCAGCUCCAAGCACCACUAAACCCACCGUGAAGAUGACUGCUGCACCCAGCACCCCCCGACCUAAAGCUGUGACUUCCACUACUGUGCCUCCCAGAGCCCAGACCACCUCCCAGGUUCCAGUCACUACCUCAGACUCCAGACAUGUCGUUGGAGCUAUACCCAGUACAGCCUCAAGUACCCCCAUCGCUCUGUACAUCACUCUGCCUUUAGUCAUCGUCUGUAUGGUGAUUGUUGGUGGAUUGCUGCUGUGGAGAAACUAUCGACUUAAGAACACCAACACGAUUCACUUUGACAACCCAGUGUACCAGAAGACAACCGAGGACCAGGUGCGCAUCUGGAGGAGCAGCAGUUUUGAUGCUGGUUACAUAUAUCCAAAAAGACAAAUAGUUGACUUGAAUGAAGAAGCAGACAAUCCAGCCUUCACUGAAAACUGAAGACGUCUACCUCACAUAGUGUAAAGAUAUAGCACUCAGUGGACAGCCAGGGUUAGAUAUCAGGAGUACAAGCUUCAUCGACAAUCUAUAAUCUCCAUUUAGCUAACCCAUCAGAAGAUGUGAUGAGGUUCUUUUUCAUAUGUCACCCUAAAAGGGUCAAGAAAUUAUCCCAAGUUUAGAAGAUUAUUUUUACGAUUUUAAGUUGGGGUAAAUCUACAGUUACUCAAGUAACUUGAAAAAAUAUAGUCUUUUGUAAAAAACAUCACAUCUAAUUCUAUUUUUGAACUAAAAACAAAUGAAUGUCCACUCUAAUUAUUGCUAACUCAUUACUUUCACCAUAGUGACCUCACCAUGUGUGUAUAAGUUUGUGAUAUGAAAGCAGCCUUUGCCUCAUGUAUUCUCAAAAAAAGGGACCUAAGCCACUGUUGAGCCACACUUGUUUGUGCCUUGUCACUGCACUCUUCCAUGACCCCCCUCUGUGUUUUUAAAGUGAAACUGCACUUUCUCAGGACUAGUUAGAGGAAAUCUUUCCUGCCUUAUUCCUCUCAGGAGGACGACCACAUUCCUGUUCAUCACGGGUGCUUUGAUGGGCCCAUAUGUGAGUAAUGGCUGCCUUCUGUGUGGUUCACGUGGACAUUAUUUACAUCUUGGUGAAGGGCCGGACCUACCUGUGCAUUCCCCCAUAACUUAAGCCACAUGUUAACAGUGGCUCUAACACAGCAUAAUAUAGAAUAACAAAUAUUUCACUUUAAAUGCCUGACUGAUGUGUGCCUUGUCCUAAGGUUGAAAAUGUUUAGGUCUGUUUACAGUGGGAUUUUAGAUGGACUAGAAACAGUUACAAAGUGAGGUCAUGUAAAUAUGUCUAAAAAGGGAAACCUAUGGGAGGGCGUGUGCAGCUGUACAUAGAUUGCGUCCAUAAUGCGUAUGUACAUAUGAUGUGGAUAAUUGUAAAUAUUUGUUACUUAUGUUGUUUUAGCUUUUGUUCUGUUGUACAUAAAUAAAAAGUCUAUUUAUUAUAGAA